UGGCGGCGGGCGGCGAUGGGCACGGCGGCCGUGCACCUCCUGCUGCUGCUGGGGCUGCUGCACGCCGGGCCCGGCGGCGAGGGCAGGAAGGGCUGGCGGCGGCGGGGCCCGGCGGCCCGCGAGCGCGGCGAGGCGGCGGCGGCGGCGGCCGAGAGCUUCCCGCUGGACUUCACCGCCGUGGAGGGCAACAUGGACAGCUUCAUGGCGCAGGUCAAGAGCCUGGCGCAGUCGCUGUACCCCUGCUCGGCCCAGGCGCUGCCGCACGACCUGCGCCUGCACCUCCUGCACAACGCCUCGGUCACCUGCAACGACGGCAGCCCGGCCGGCUACUACCUCAAGGAGUCCAAGGGCAGCCGGCGGUGGCUGCUCUUCCUGGAAGGAGGGUGGUACUGCUUCAACAGGGAGAACUGCGACACCCGCUACGACACCAUGCGGAGACUCAUGAGCUCCAGGGAGUGGCCCGCGACCCGAGUGGGAACCGGGAUCCUGUCGUCACAACCAGAAGAAAAUCCCCACUGGUGGAAUGCAAACAUGGUAUUCAUCCCUUAUUGCUCAAGUGAUGUUUGGAGUGGUGCCUCUUCCAAGUCUGAGAAAAGUGAAUAUGCUUUCAUGGGAGCACUGAUCAUUCAGGAGGUUAUUAAGGAGCUGGUGGGAAAAGGGCUUGGCACUGCAAAAGUGUUGCUGCUGGCAGGGAGCAGUGCUGGAGGGACAGGAGUGCUCCUGAAUGUGGAUCGAGUGGCGGAGCAGCUGGAGGAGAUGGGUUAUCAAGGGAUUCAGGUUCGAGGCUUGGCAGAUUCUGGAUGGUUCCUGGAUAAUAAACAGUAUCGCAGAACUGACUGUAUUGAUACCAUAACAUGUGCUCCAACAGAAGCCAUCAGAAGAGGAAUAAGGUAUUGGAAUGGUAUUGUUCCUGAACGCUGUAAGCUGCAGUUUAAAGAGGGAGAAGAAUGGAAUUGCUUUUUUGGAUAUAAGAUUUACCCCACUCUUCGAUGUCCAGUCUUUGUUGUCCAAUGGCUCUUUGAUGAGGCCCAGCUUACUGUAGACAAUGUACACCUCACUGGCCAGCCUGUUCAGGAGGGGCAGUGGCUCUACAUCCAGAACCUGGGUAGGGAGCUGAGAAAUACCUUGAAGGAUGUGACCGCUAGCUUUGCUCCUGCCUGUUUGUCUCAUGAGAUCAUUACACGCAAUCACUGGACAGACAUCCAGGUGAAGGGGACAUCAUUACCCCGUGCCCUGCACUGUUGGGAUCGGAGCCUACAUGAGAGCAACAGAAAUGGGAAGGCCCCUCUGAAAGGCUGCCCAAUUCAUCUGAUUGACAGCUGUCCAUGGCCUCACUGCAACCCCUCGUGCCCCACUAUCAGGGACCAGUUCACAGGGCAGGAGAUGAAUGUGAUCCAGUUCCUCAUGCACAUGGGUUUUGAUGUUCAGAAGAUGGCACAGCAACAGGGCCUGGAGCCCAGUAAACUUCUGGGGAUGCUCAGCAGUGGUAACUAGGAAGGGGUCUUCAGAAGGGCAGAGAGAUUAGAUCAGGAGGAGACUCUAAGCCCUUCUCCCACACUUUCUAAUCUUCCUUACGCUCAUGCAGGCAGAUGCACGCUCGCACCCAUGCAUGCUCAAACUUGUACACACCCACGUGCUCCCACACUCUUGCACACUUAGGAU